AUGACGACCGGCCCAGACUUCGGCUCGGCCACUGGCCGCAGCCGCCAGGACUCGUUCGUCAGCGCCGGCGCAAAGCCCAUUUCCAUGGCGAACCCCAAUCGCGACCAUGCGAACCGCGCCCGGCGUGAAAGUAUGGCGGGCAGCUUGAUGGGGGGUAUGAGCUGGGGAGGAAUAUCGGUCGGCAGUUUUAUCCGGGAAGACAUGAUGAUGACGGGAACGUCACCGUACAUAAGUGGUAACCAGUCCUCGUCGUUCCACUCGUCUUCGUACAUUCCGAGACUAGAGGCCAGCUUUAUGCGCGACUUCGUAUGCUGCGAUCGAACGUGGCCGACCCUUCAUGAUCUUCUCCAGCAUUAUGAGGAGAAUCAUCACCCGACAACGGCGGCGCCUACCACCUCGAGGGACGCCUUCGGCGCAAACCAAGCAAGUUCGCGCGGUCCCGCCAGCCGCGCCGGGUCGAUCGCGCCGUCGGCCGGCAGAGCGCUGCAGCCUUCACAGUCACUGCACGGGUUCUCUCAGCAGCGCCAGGUCGGCCCGGGCAUGGGCGCUGGUGGCAUCGGGCAGAUGAUGCGACAGCAACAACACCAAGCGACAGCGCCUUCACAGAAGGUCAACCCUCUGUCGCACAUGAAUGACGAGAUGGAUGCGGUCGGCGAGAUGGAACUGGACGAGACGGUGGGCCCGAUGGACAUGGACGAUAACACUCGCACCAUCCAACAAACCCGUCAGCUUUUUGGCCAACAACAGCGGCCGCAACUGCAUCUGAAUAGCUCCGGUCUCCCUCACCAAGCGCUCCGCACCUCCCAGCCGCCGACGCCGGCUGCUGUUAGUUUCGGCUUCCAGAACAACCCGACAGUCUCAUCGGUGAAUACGCCCACCUUGACAACGCAACAAGGAUUGCCGCAAAGAGGCCAACAGCUUGGACAGGAUGGCAACGGCGAUGAGGAAGACGAGAUCCCUGGCAUGCCCAUGAAGAUGAACCUUGGCAACAUGAACCUGGGCGGUUCACAGCUUGGGGCCCUGGGGUUCGGCACUUUGGGUACGAUUGAUGACCCGGCCAAGCGGCUGUUCAGCCCUGGCGGGACGGCCCAGAUGACCAGCCAACAGCGAGCUCUCGACCAACAAAUGCAGUUACAACAACAGCUACAGCAACACCUCCAGGCCAUGAAUCUCGACUUGAGUCAAUUCCCUGCUGGUACCGACCCUGCCCUCGUCCUACAGCAAAUGACAGCUUUGAUGAUGCCUCCCGCCGAGGAGCACAAACCCUUCAGGUGUCCUGUCAUUGGCUGCGAGAAGGCGUAUAAGAACCAAAACGGUCUGAAGUACCAUAAAACGCAUGGUCACUCAACCCAGCAGUUGCAUGAAAAUGGCGAUGGGACUUUCUCUAUUGUCAACCCGGAAACCAGCACCCCCUAUCCCGGGACACUGGGCAUGGAGAAGGAGAAGCCUUUCAAGUGUGAAGUUUGCGGAAAGCGGUACAAGAACCUGAACGGACUUAAAUACCACAAGCAACACUCGCCCAUGUGCGACCCUGAUAUCCGGGCUCAACACCAGACUAUACUAUCAUCGAUGAUGCAAAACCCGGCUACUCUCCUCGCGCUUCAGCAAGGCAACUUGCCUAACAUCAACGAGGACUCGAUGCUCUAA